UUUUUGUCCUUCGGUCCUUCUAACCAAUUUUGCCAGGAAAGAAACUGAAAAAGUAUCGAGGCUUCUCUGCAACUCGGACACCCGCAUACUCUGCAUUCAAUCAUGGAUUUUGUGUCUCUCUUCUUACCUUUUUUCUUUGUGAAGCUUGUUCUCAAAUUAAAGUUUCCAGACUCAACGAUCAUAAGGAGUCUCUUUCAAGCAACCUUCCGCCACUCUCCGCCUCACUAAUCGAUUCCAUCAUCUAACCUCACUUUACCACACUUUCCAUAAUUCCAUACUCAAUUCCAUCUUUGUUUCAUGUUAAAUUGUUAAUAUAUACGUUAGGACGCCAUAGCCUAGCAAUCUCACCCUUGUUUCUGUUUCAUUUUGGCUAUUUUAUAUUGCCAAAACUCCCUAAUCCCCAUUUAUCAGAGCCCAAGUCCGAGAAAUUGAAUCGUGUAUUGUGGAUCGUCUUCAAUUUGACGCCAUGCCGGGUUUAGUUGCGGUGAAAACCCCACCUCAUGCGACGCCGUUCGGGGUCUCCGUUACCGAAUAUUCCAAUGGCGGCGGACAAAGACCUUCUUCGCCCAUCGUGAAGCGUAGCUUAAGGAAGUCACAAGAAAAGCCGAUCACCGACGAUUCCUCCCUCGACAACCCGGACGUAGGUCCAUAUCUUCUGAAGCUAGCCCGAGAUGCGAUAGCUUCGGGCGAGAACCCGAACAAGGCGUUGGACCUUGCGAUCCGGGCGUCCAAAUCGUUCGAACGAUGUUCCGGUCCGGGCCUGGAGCUUGCCAUGUGUUUGCACGUUGUGGCGGCGAUCUACAGUAGUUUGGGGCGGUUCGGGGAGGCGAUUCACGAAUUGGAGCGGUCCAUUGAGCUUCCGGAUCCUGGCAAAGGGUCGGAUCAUGCCAUGGCGAAGUUUUCCGGGUACAUGCAAUUGGGGGAUACAUAUUCGAUGAUUGGGCAGCUGCAACGGUCUAUUAAGUGUUACGGUUCGGGAUUGGAGAUCCAAACGGAGGCUUUGGGAAAGUCCGACCCGCGAGUCGGAGAGACUUGCAGGUACUUAGCUGAAGCACAUGUUCAGGCUAUGCAAUUUGAUGAGGCAGAGAACUUCUGCAAGAAGGCUCUUGAAAUUCACAGGGAGCAUAGCUCCCCAGCUUCCCUUCCUGAAGCAGCUGAUCGGCGCCUUAUGGCUCUUAUAUGUGAUGCAAAGGGAGAUUAUGAAUCGGCACUUGAGCACCUCGUCCUGGCCAGCGUAUCAAUGAUUGCCAAUGGACAAGACGAUGAGGUUGCAGCUAUUGAUGUUAGCAUUGGCGAUAUUUACUUGUCACUCUGUCGUUUUGAUGAGGCUGUCUUUGCCUAUCAGAAAGCUCUUACUGUGUUCAAAUCCACCAAAAGCGAGAACCAUGGUUCUGUGGCAUUAGUAUACAUUCGCCUUGCUGACCUUUACUACAAGACAGGAAAAUUAAGAGAGUCAAAAUCGUACUGUGAAAAUGCCUUGAGAAUAUACAGCAAACCUGUUCCUGGAACCACCUCUGAAGAGAUUGCCAGUGGAUUAACUGAAAUCUCUGCCAUCUAUGAUGGUCUGAAUGAGCCUGAAGAGGCACUGAAGCUCUUGCAGAAGGCAAUGAAGUUAUUGGAGGAUAACCCUGGACAGUAUAGGACGAUCGCAGGAAUUGAAGCACAAAUGGCUGUGUUGUUCUACAUGGUGGGGAAGUUCAAGGAGGCUCAGGACUCUUUUCAAAGCGCUAUCACUAAGCUGAGGGCUAGUGGGGAGAGGAACUCUGCCUUUUUUGGAGUUUUGUUGAACCAAAUGGGACUGGCUUGUGUGCAGCUGUACAAAAUAGGAGAGGCGGCCAAACUUUUUGAAGAGGCAAGAGAGAUAUUGGAGCAGGAGUGUGGGACAUAUCAUUUGGACACUCUAGGAGUGUAUAGCAACCUUGCAGCAACUUAUGAUGCCCUGGGGAGGGUUGAUGAUGCCAUUGAGAUAUUGGAGCAGAUACUGAAGAUGAGGGAAGAAAAGCUUGGAACGGCAAAUCCAGAUGUUGAUGAUGAAAAGAAGAGGCUAUAUGAGCUUUUGAAAGAAACAGGAAGAGUUCGGAAUAAAAAGGGAAAAUCCCUUGAAAAUCUUAUAGAUUCCAACUUUCUAAAGAUGAAGAAAGAAGGAAGGAAGAGAAGGGCUGCAUUUGGUUUGAGAACUUAAAAAAGUGGUCUUGUCUUAACUCUAUUUUCCUCUCCUAUGUUGUUCUUUUUGUGAAGAAAAAAACUACAAAUAAAUAAAUAAAGGGAAAAAAUAAAUAAAACCUCUCUCACAUUCGGUCUCUAGAAGAACAUGUAAAGGCUUUAGAUUGAGAUAUGUUUCUUUAGCUUUAUAUUUCCUAUUGUCAGCUGUCACUCGUUUCUGUUUUAGUUUUUACACCCCCCCCCCCAAAAAAAAAAAAAAAAACUCUUUUCUGUCGGUGAUGCGGUUGUUUUUCACCCGAAGAUAAACCUAUAUUACGAGUGAACAAAUUUCUGCAUCUGCACCUUAUUGGUUAAUAUGUUGCUUUUUCUGUUCCCUGCUCUGAGGCCCUGUGGAAGAAUAAAACUGUGCCUGAGAAAGAAGCUCAGGGUGCAGAUUCGAUCUUGUUUUAGAGGGGGAAAAAUAGCAAGAGUCUUGUACCAUUAAAAAGAGCAAAAAAUACCGACUUUUGUUUGCGCUCCCAUAUCUUCUGGACUAAUCCAUUUCAUUUUAUACAACAGAAACAGAAAACUAACACAAUGCUCAAGCUAGGUUUUGUUAACUAUUACUCAUAACAGUAUCUUGAAAGAUGAGUUAUAUUCGUGUUCAGCAUAUGUUAGACACUUAGAUUACAUCAUUUCAUAUAUAUUGAGAGAAAAGAUGUUUGCGAUCUGAUUCUUCAAUUAAAACAUCACUAUAAAAGAAUUUUUUUAAGCCUUAGCAUUUUAUAAUUAAGCCUUCUAAAAAGAAAGCUCUCCGCUACAUCACCUCAUGUAAAUUUCAUUGUAGAAUUUAAUAACAAAUACCAGCUGGUAAAUUUUACUUUUUCUGUUUAUUUGAUUGUGGUGGUGUCAAUUUGCUCUUAAAGCAUUAUGAUUCAUUAUUCUUAUUUUGUUUCUUUGCAUUCUUUUUCUGUUAUGCAGACUGAUUAAACAUGCGAAUACGUAAUUUUCCAGGUACUUCUAAAACGAAGCGAAGAAGAAUUAAGACAGGAUAUGAAAGAAGUCCUAAUACGGAACAUGUUCAGCUUGAAGAUGAUGACCACGAAGGUAGAAACGAGAGCUGAUUAUUGAUGGAAGCUUUGAAUUCAAUGAAAGAGAUUUCUUCUCCAUAAGUUGCAGUCAAGGAUUGGUUAGGGUCAUAGUCAUUAAAGGGGUAGUAAGCAAACGAGAUGGUAAUAUGAAGCUGAGUCAAGCCGUAGCUAGCUAACUUUUUUGUUUUUUCUUUUCAAUUUUCAAUGAUAGGACAUGAACAGUGAGGAAAAAGAUGAUAUACUAUACUACUACACAAUAAUACUCUUACUUGUAUUAUUGUACACCUAUACCUGGUCGGUUUCAUAUCGUAUAGUUUAAUUAUCAGAAAUAAUAAAGUUAUUCAGAGAGCCGAACAACUUUUCGUUAUGACAUCGAAA